CCGGGGCCGCCUCUAGCCGGCACCGAGGGCGCGGGCCCGGGGAUGAGGGCGCCCGCGGCGGGGAGCCCGUCUACGCGCCGCGGCGCCGUCCCGCCCAGCGAGCGAGCCCGAGCAGGCAGACGCGCGGCCGGCGGUCUGGGGGCGCGCCGCCUCCCGGCCCCCAAAAUGUGAAACGGGAGGGCGGAGACGCAGAGACGGCCCGGCCGGGCGCCCUCGCCGCCCUCCGGCAGCCGCGCCGCUCCCCUCCUCUGCCCGCCGAGGCCACGCCGACCCCGCGGGCCGCGGCCCGAGCAGCGAAGCCCCGCGCCCCCGCGCCCCCCGCCUCGCUCGGAGCAGGGCCCGGGACGGCGCGUCCGGCCUCGCCCGCGGCUCCUCGCCCAGACAACUUUGAACAAUGGUCACAGUCAACCCCGAUGGGAAGAUAAUGGUCAGAAGAUGCCUGGUCACCCUGAGACCCUUCCGGCUUUUCGUGCUGGGCAUCGGCUUCUUCUCGCUCUGCUUCCUGAUGACGUCUCUGGGAGGCCAGUUCUCGGCCCGGCGCCCAGGGGACUCCCCCUUCACCAUCCGCACAGAAGUGCUGGGUGGGCCGGAGUCUCGUGGCGUCCUCCGCAGGAUGAGUGACCUGUUGGAGCUGAUGGUGAAGCGCAUGGACAUGCUGGCCAGACUGGGGAACAGCAGUGAGCCGCACCGGGCAGCUGGCGACACACACUUCGCCGUGGACAGGUUCCCCCCUGGGGCCAGCCUCAUGGAGCGGAUCCAGGCCAUCGCCCAGAACGUCUCAGACAUUGCCGUGAAGGUGGACCAGAUCCUGCGCCACAGCCUGCUCCUGCACAGCAAGGUGUCUGAAGGCCGGCGGGACCAGUGUGAGGCGCCCAGUGACCCCAAGUUCCCUGACUGCUCGGGGAAGGUGGAGUGGAUGCGCGCCCGCUGGACCUCUGACCCCUGCUACGCCUUCUUCGGGGUGGACGGCACCGAGUGUUCCUUCCUCGUCUACCUCAGUGAGGUCGAGUGGUUUUGCCCCCCGCUGCCCUGGAGGAACCGGACGGCCACCCAGACAGCCCUCAAGCCUCUCCCCAAAGUCCAGGCAGUUUUCCGGAGCAACCUGUCCCACCUCCUGGAGCUGAUGGGCAGUGGGAAGGAGUCUCUCAUCUUCAUGAAGAAGCGGACCAAGCGGCUCACGGCCCAGUGGGCGGUGGCCGCCCAGCGCCUGUCACAGAAGCUGGGGGCUGUCCAGGGGGACCAGAAGCAGAUCCUCGUCCACAUCGGCUUCCUGACGGAGGAGUCUGGGGAUGUGUUCAGCCCGAGGGUGCUGAAGGGAGGGCCUCUGGGGGAGAUGGUGCAGUGGGCAGACAUCCUGGCCGCUCUCUACGUCCUGGGCCACGGCCUGCGGAUCACGGUGUCCCUGAAGGAGCUGCAGAGUAACUUAGGGGUGCCGCCAGGCCGGGGGAACUGUCCGCUCACCGUGCCGCUGCCUUUCGACCUCAUCUACACCGACUACCACGGCCUGCAGCAGAUGAAGCAGCACAUGGGACUCUCCUUCAAGAAGUACCGGUGCCGAAUCCGGGUCAUCGAUACCUUUGGGACGGAACCUGCAUACAACCACGAGGAGUACGCCACGCUGCACGGCUACCGAACCAACUGGGGCUACUGGAACCUCAACCCCAAGCAGUUCAUGACCAUGUUCCCUCACACCCCGGACAACUCCUUCAUGGGCUUCGUGUCCGAGGAGCUCAACGAGACGGAGAAGCAGCUUGUCAGAGGCGGCAAGGCCAGCAACAUGGCCGUGGUGUACGGCAAGGAGGCCAGCAUCUGGAAGGGGAAGGAGAAGUUCCUGGGCAUCCUGAACAAGUACAUGGAGAUCCAUGGCACUGUGUACUACGAGAGCCAGCGGCCCCCCGAGGUCCCGGCCUUCGUGAAGAACCACGGCCUCCUGCCGCAGCCCGAGUUCCAGCAGCUGCUACGCAAGGCUAAGCUCUUCAUAGGGUUUGGCUUCCCCUAUGAGGGCCCCGCCCCGCUGGAGGCCAUCGCCAACGGCUGUGUCUUCCUGCAGUCCCGCUUCAGCCCGCCCCACAGCUCCCUCAACCACGAGUUCUUCCGGGGCAAGCCCACCUCCAGGGAGGUCUUCUCCCAGCAUCCGUACGCGGAGAACUUCAUUGGCAAGCCCCACGUGUGGACCGUUGACUACAACAACUCGGACGAGUUUGAGGCAGCCAUCAAGGCCAUCAUGAAGACCCAGGUAGAUCCCUACCUGCCCUACGAGUACACCUGUGAGGGGAUGCUGGAGCGAAUCCACGCCUACAUCCAGCACCAGGACUUCUGUGCAGCCCCAGGCCCUGCCCCUUCAGGGACCCGAGCUCCGCAGAGCCCUUUCAUCCUGGCCCCCAAUGCCACCCAUCUCGAGUGGGCACAAAACGCCAGCGUGGCCCCCGGUGCCUGGCCCCCAGCACACUCACUCCGGGCCUGGCUGGCCGCCGCCGGGAGGGCCUGCACGGACACCUGCCUGGACCAUGGGCUGAUCUGCGAGCCCUCCUUCUUCCCCUUCCUCAACAGCCAGGACGCCUUCCAGAAGCUGCAGGUGCCCUGUGACAGCACCGAGUCGGAGAUGAACCACCUGUACCCGGCCUUCGCCCAGCCCGGCCGGGAGUGCUUCCUGCAGAAGGAGCCCCUGCUCUUCAGCUGCGCCGGCUCCAGCACCAAGUACCAUCGGCUCUGCCCGUGCCGGGACUUCCGCAAGGGCCAGGUGGCCUUGUGCCGGGACUGUCUGUGAGGCCGGCCACCCGGCUGGCCCUCGCUGCCACAGGAGAAAGCACCAGCAGAUUCCGAGCUCCAGCGACCUGCCCUCCCCUCAACGCCCCGAGCUGGAGCUUCGUUCCUCAGCCGGGAAGUGGGCAGAGCCGGCAUGCACUUAGGUUUAGGGAGAGGGCAGCUGGUCCGACUGCCCGGCGCCCACCCCGAGCAGGCUCCUCCCUCUCAUCUGGGGGGCUCGGGGCCAUGUCGUGGCCAAGCAGCCGUGGUGUUGGUCAGAGGGUCCCACUGACCCAGGAGCUGGUGAUCAGAGGCCCCUUGCUUUGUGCAAGGCCAAUUCUGGACCAAAUGGAGAGAGGGCCCUGGUCCUUCUUGGGCUCAGGACGGGGGCUCUGGACGGACGAGAGAGGGAGCAGGGCGAUGCUCACCCCAUGGCCCGCCGAAGGGUCCAGGGAGUGGGCAGUGGUGUGUGAGGGCUCAGCCUUGUCCCUCUGGAGUUGUUUGGGGUGUGGACAGAAGGAGCAGGGGACUGGGGCAAGGCCUCCUCUUAGCCCUACCCUCCGCUUUCUCAAACUCCCCCUGCUUCUACACUUGGGGUGCGCAUCGACACUGGGGUGCAGGGACCACCCAGACCCUGGGUUGAAUUGUUUCCUCUCCUGCUUGUUCCAACUCCCUUCACCGUGGGCUCCUCCUGAAGCCCGUCCUGGC